AUGUACAUGAAUCUCAUUCGUGGCUUCUUGGAACAAGGGAAUCUUGACAUGGCGUAUCAGCUUCGAGACAACUUCAACAUAUGUUCCAUAUGGAACAUAAUCACAAUAUUGAACUCAGUAUUCGUAGAGUAUUUGUUCAAGCAAGGCAAUGAUGACAAGGCUAUGGAGCUGUACAAGACCUCUUUAAACAAUGACGGCUUCAUAGCAAACGGACAUGUGGGCCAUCCUUAUUUGAAAGUUCUGCUCAAGUACAGCAAGAAAACCCAAGCCCGGGCAUUUUUCGAAUAUAUGCUUGACAAUUACGACGAAUGCAUUAGGUUAGGCAACAACACUAUUAAUAUGAUUCUGAACGGGUGUAUCAAGGAGGGGCAGUUUAGCGAUGCAGUCAACAUCUUGGCCAAGUACAAGACACAGUUAAAAUACUUUCCUGUGAGAGCUUACAUGAACCUUAUUUGA